AUGCCACCACGAGGGCUGCAACCAUUUCUGCCUCAGCGCCUCCGUCCAGCCCCGCAGCCUUCACCAGAACACCGGCCCCGCCUGACACCUGGCUUCGUGCGCUUUGCCCUUCUGCAUUGCAGUCUUGCAUGGCCGCACCUGAUGGCAGAAACUAGAUCACAGACUUACACCCUGGUUGCACAGAAGGCUGGAAUAGACGAGGCUUGGGGCGCUGUGGCAGACCCGCUGGCCGUGACCUUGCAGCUUGGCUCCUCACAGCACAGUGACUCAGCCUCUUUGUCCCUCUUCCAAAUUCUCGGGAGAGCUCCGCUCAGCUCAGCUGAGGUCAAACGUCUGUCCCCGGGCAGGAAUAGACGUGGAGGUGCAGAGAGCAGAGCCGUGAACACGGAGCAAGGCCGCGGGGCGGGCGGGACACAGCGAGAGGGCGCGGCGAGAAAUACGCACGGCGGCUCAGACCGCGGGCCGCUGCUGCAGAACGCAGGCGGCUCAGCUGGGGGCUCCGUCCUGACCUAG